CCCAGAGCACCAUGAUUUUUAUAGUGGACCUGCUGCUGAUGCUCAUCGACCUGAUCUGCUCCAUCCUGACCGCGGUCAUCCAGACGUUCCUGCGGCCGAGGCUCAAGAGCAUUGAUGGGGAGCUCUGUCUGAUAACAGGAGCCGGGGGCGCGCUGGGUCGCCUGUUCGCCCUGGAGUUCGCCAAAGAGGGAGCGCGCCUGGUGCUGUGGGACUGCAACACGACUGCCAACGAGCAGACCGCCGAGCUGGCGCGGGAGAUUGGAGUUGAGGUGCACACGUACACAGUUGACCUGUCCAAGCGUCAGAGCAUCUACGAGGCGGCGGACAGAGUGAGAGCGGAAGUCGGGGAGGUCUCCAUACUGGUCAACAACGCAGGCGUGGUGGCCGGGCGGAGGCUGCUGGACUGUCCAGACGAGCUGUUGGAGAGGACUCUGCUGGUGAACUGCCACGCGCUGUUUUGGAUGACAAAGGCCUUCCUGCCUCAGAUGAAAGCAAAUAACCACGGUCACAUUGUAACCAUUGCCAGUGCUCUCGGACUAUUCAGCACUGCAUGUGUAGAGGAUUACUGUGCAAGUAAAUUUGGAGCUGUUGGUUUCCAUGAGUCACUGACACACGAGUUGCGAGCCGAAGACCUGGAUGGCAUCAAAACUACUUUAGUCUGCCCUUAUAUUGUGGACACAGGGAUGUUUGCAGGCUGUGAGAUCAGGAAGGAACUCAGGAGUCUAAUUCCACCUCUGCAGCCGCUCUACACCGUGCAGCAGUCCAUGAAAGCCAUUUUAGCCGAACAGCAAAUGAUCUGCAUUCCUCGCAUUAUGUACAUCCCCUUCCUCACACGAGCACUGCUACCGUGGGAGGCAAACGUGGCAACAUAUCGCUUCAUGGGAGGCGACAAAUGCAUGCUACCCUUCAUCAAGAAUGUUGAAAUGAAGACCUCCAACGGUCAUAUCAAAUCCUCCUAACACUUUUCUGACUGUCUUAUAACCUUGUUAAAUAAUGGACUGACACAGACACCAAAGGCUCAUACUGUAUAUUCUUAAUACAUGAAUUUGUUAUCUGAAGGGAGAGCCCACUAUCUAUACUUAUUCACACCAUGGUAACUUCAUUCACAGCAAUAUUGUAGAAUGACAGGUUAUUUCUCGUUAUAAAUAACCAGAACUGGCCAUGAAGGAAAG